GCCGGCCUCUCCCGGGAACAAUGGGGCGGAGGGCACUGCGGUAGGCGCCGCCCGCCUCGGCCAGCGUCUCGAGACCGCCGCGGACCGGCCUGAGGACAUGCAUUCCUCUGAGCAGUCUUGGAUAGCAGAGACUGGUUUCUUCGCUGAUUGGGACAGCACUUCGAGACUUCCCCAGCCAUGAAUACAGACCAAGAUGUAGACCUCAAACUUGCCCAGGAGAGAGCUGAGAUAGUAGCUAAAUAUGAUCGAGGACGAGAAGGUGCAGAGAUAGAACCUUGGGAAGAUGCCGAUUACCUGGUUUAUAAAGUUACAGACAGAUUUGGCUUCUUACAUGAGGAGGAGCUUCCCUAUCACAAUGCUGCUGUGGAACGGCAAAAACAACUGGAAAUUGAAAGGACGACCAAAUGGCUGAAAAUGCUAAAAGGAUGGGAAAAAUACAAGAAUACCGAAAAGUUUCACCGGCGCAUUUACAAAGGAAUCCCACUGCAGCUCAGGGGUGAGGUGUGGGCCCUGCUUCUGGAGAUCCCCAAGAUGAAAGAAGACACAAAAGGCCUGUAUACUAAAUUAAAACUCAGAGCACGGGGUUGUUCACCGGAUAUCAGACAAAUAGACCUUGACGUCAACCGCACCUUCAGGGACCAUAUUAUGUUCAGAGAUAGAUACGGUGUUAAGCAACAGUCACUGUUCCACGUUCUUGCUGCAUAUUCUAUUUAUAAUACGGAAGUCGGCUACUGCCAGGGCAUGAGUCAGAUCACAGCUCUGCUCCUCAUGUACAUGAACGAGGAAGAUGCCUUCUGGGCCCUGGUGAAACUCUUCUCCGGCCCCAAACAUGCCAUGCAUGGCUUUUUUGUCCAUGGCUUCCCUAAACUCUUGAGGUUUCAAGAACAUCAUGAAAAAAUACUGAAUAAAUUUCUGUCCAAGCUUAAGCAGCACUUGGAUGCUCAAGAAAUCUACACAAGUUUUUACACAAUGAAAUGGUUUUUUCAGUGUUUCCUUGACCGUACUCCCUUUACACUAAACCUCAGAAUAUGGGAUAUCUACAUCCUUGAAGGCGAGCGAAUUCUCACUGCUAUGUCUUAUACAAUCUUAAAAUUACACAAAAAACAUCUGAUGAAAUUGUCGAUGGAAGAACUUGUUGAAUUUCUUCAGGAAACCUUGUCAAAGGAUUUUUUCUAUGACGACGACUUUGUAAUAGAGCAACUUCAAAUUUCCAUGGCGGAACUAAAACGGGCUAAGUUAGACCUCCCAGAACCUGGUAAAGAGGAGGAAUUCCCAAAGAAACCCCUGGGACAACUUCCCCUCGAGACCCAGCCUGCCUCGCUCUGCCAGCUGAGCAAUGGGCAGAGGAGUGUGGCCAAGGCCAGCCCGCAGCCGAACAGCCGGAGGGAAAGUGGCUCUAUGCCUCGGAGGGAAAGUGGUGCUUCGCCUCGCAGGAAGCCUGAGACACCCCUGCAGCAGCCCAGUCAGCAUGGGACCCCGGAAAGGGCCCGGAAGCCACAGCGCCAGUCACUGGGCGAGGCCGAGGAGCCGCCACGGGAAGGGGUUGACCCCAGGAAGGGUGCCUCGGUCCUUCAUGAUGCCUCCCAGCCUCAUGUCCAUGCCGCCGCCAACCAGAAUAGCAACGCAACGUCCCAAGGGCGGAAGGACUUUGUGCCCCGGUGGAACAAGCCGGCUGAGGGUGUGGGCCCCCCUAGGACUGCCCGACCUGAGGCCCGCUUGGCCAAUGGUGGCAACAGUGGGCAGAAGCUGCGGGUUGUGGGAGCCGAGGAGGAGAAGCGUGGCUCUAACGCGUCCCAGUACGAUAACGUGUCUGAGCACGAUGCAGUGGAGGAGGCGCUGGAGAGGGCACACGCCCAUGGCCCCCGUGCCAGCGCACACAGCGCAUACCCCCAGCGGCCCUCUGAGCCUGGCGCUAGCCCCUGCCGAGCGCCCUUGAGGUUCUCCUUCAAGGGGCCCCCGCCGGGCUACUCAAGAUACGCGGCCCAGCUGGACGGGGCGCCCCCUCCCUCCUACAGCCACCCCCCAGGCUACCGUGGUGAUCCUGUGCCCAUCCCACGUGUCCCUGCGCCUUCCUGGAGGCCUCGAGAAGCUGGUGCUUCUCCGGACAGACCUUCUGGCCGCCCCACGCCCAUCGUGCUACCAUCUAGCCGCAUCGAGGUGCUUCCACUGGGCAUGGCUGCCCCCAGUGGUUACUCAAGCCUCGCCGGGUCCCCGCAGCACGGGUCCUUCAUCAUUCCACCCGUGGACUACCUGCCUGACGUGCGGCCCUGGGCAGAAUCAGGCUACACCUACCGAGCCGAGGUGCAUGGUCAAGUUCCCGUGGCCAAGUUCCCCGGGUUUCAGCGGGGUCCCCAGCAGGACCACGGCCUCCCUGCCGUGUCCAUCGACAGCCCUGUGAGGUACAGGACUUCGCAGACUCUGGAAGGGGCCAGUGGCUCUGCCGGGCCCUCGCCCCCUGCCUAUCACUACAGAAACCGGGGUGGCCUGGCCCUCCAGGAGUCGGUGCUGCUAUGAGGGGGGUUCUGGGUGCGGGGGGCCCGCCCCAAGAACCUGCCGGGCUGAGUUUCCAAUCGC